UGGCGGGCAGGCGAGUGUCGGGGCAGUGCGGCGCGCUGGGCUGCGGCCAGGCGCGUCUAUAAUUAGCGGCGUGUGCGCGGCUGUCCACUGGGGUCGCGAGGCCUCAGUCGACGCGAUGGCGUCGCCGCUGCCGCUGCGGCUGCUGCUGGCUGCCGCUCUGCUCGCCUCCUGCGCCGCACAGCUCGACUACGCCGAACCGCCCAAGAAGCACUUGGUGUUAAAAUGGGCAGACCAGCUUGGGGAUGAACUAUGGAGACUAACUACAUCAGUAACAAGAGCACAUGAUGUUCGAGCUAGAUACAAAUACUUGAAUGCAAGUGUCAAGGAGAGAAGUGGUGCUGAACUACUUAAAGCUAUGAUUGAGAAUGUUGAACGAAUGCUCAAGUCAAAAAUUGUUUCUGUCAAGUGUAUAAUGCAGAAAGCAGAGCAGCUGGCUGAAAGUUUUGACCCUCUUGAGUAUGUGAACUUCACAUAUCACAGUGCAAAAUGUUCUCCUGUCAAUGAUGAGCCAUCAGACUCAGAAUCAUGUGAUGAUGAAUAUCCGUAUGCUCCAAUGUAUCUGGAACCUGAUCGACAGUUUAGUAGCAUUCCUGUAAACAGGAGUCACAGUUCAGUCCACGUGCCCACCAACGUUUUUGAUUUAGGAGGGGAUGUGUAUGAUGGAAUUAAGUGGUCAGAGGGGCUAGAUGAAGUAUUCAUUCAGAAUCUUAAGAGUGAUCCUACCAUAUCUUGGCAACUAUUUGGUGGUGCUACAGGAUUUAUGCGAAUGUUUCCAGCCAUGAAGUGGGCACAACCAAUAGACCUGUUUGACUGCCGCACGCGCUCCUGGUAUAUUGAAGCUUCAACUUGCAGCAAAGAUGUUGUCGUCCUGAUGGACACCACGGGAUCGAUGAAAGGCCUGAGGCACACGAUUUCCAAACACACAGUGCGCACUAUUCUUGAUACACUUUCCAAUAAUGACUUUGUUAAUGUCUUCAACUUCUCAGAGAGAGCCCAGGAGACUGUGCCGUGUUUCAAGAAUAUGCUAGUACAGGCUACUUUGGAAAAUGUAAACACCCUGAAAGAUUCCUUGGAAAUAAUUGACCCAGAAGGAGUUGCCAAUUUUUCCCAGGCAUUUAUUCAGGCCUUCAAACUUCUGGAGAAAUCUAGAAACGAGCGUGACUGUGGAGGAAAUGGUACAAGACUGACCUGUAAUCAGGCUGUGAUGCUGAUUACAGAUAGUGUAACAGGGAACAUAACUGAGGUUUUUGAGAUAUAUAACCGUUUAAAUAAUGGUAGCACAAUUCCUGUCAGAGUCUUUACAUUUCUAGUUGGUAGAGAAGUUACAAAAGUCAUGGAAAUUAAGUGGAUGGCGUGUCUAAACAGAGGUGUAUUCAAACACAUUCAGAGUCUCAAUGAAGUGCGAGAGACGGUGUUUCAGUACAUCCCAAUAAUUGCACAACCAUUAGUCUUGCAAGGCGAGAUACAUCCUGUUGUGUGGACCCAUGCAGAUGCUGAUGUUGAGGAUCCAAAGCUAGCAAAAUGGCUAUUUGAUGUGAUGGAAAAUUUAGAACAGAAAGAAAAGCUAGAUAAACAUUUCCGAAAUAAAGAACUGUAUUUCAGCCAACGUGAGGAGGACAAUGUUUAUAAGCAGACUGUAGUCAAGAAAGUAUGGGAACCAGAUGAAAUCAAAUUCCAGGAAUACCAUCUUGUUACCUCAGUGUCUGUUCCAGCAUUUGAAAGAAGAAUGGAGUAUACAACAGAUAACAAGACAGAAGCUCCUUCUCUUCUUGGUAUUGCAGGAAUUGAUGUUCCUAUUCCUGAAAUUGAGAAACUCACAAUGCCUUACAAAAUUGGUGUCAAUGGCUAUGCUUUCAUAGUUACAAAUAAUGGUUAUGUUUUACUUCAUCCUGACCUUCGCCCAGUGUCAUAUGGUUACCUGAAAGACAACUAUAAUAGUGUAGACCUGACUGAAGUGGAACUUCUUGACAGCAUGUCACCUGCUGCACCACCUCGAGAGUUGCCAGAAAAAAUACUAGAGCUGAGGGAGAGGAUGGUAAACCAUGAAGAUGGAGAAAUAUUAAACAUUUCCAUGAAAUAUCACUAUGAUGACAUGCGACGUGUGAUGAGCGAAGAACGGAACUACUAUUUCUCCGGGUUGGAAGGCACUCCAUUUAGUCUUGGGAUUUCUUUGCCUGAAGGUUAUGGCAAAUUUUAUUUAAGAGUGAAUGACAUAAUAAAAGAUCAUGCUCGGAAAGGAAAGCCAGUUACCAAUUACUUCCAAGGAAAUAACUGGAAAGUGCAUCCAAACUGGUUGUAUUGCAGAUACUUCCAUGGCUCUCUCCACAACUUUACUUCACCAGAAAGAGAAGUGUACCACUUCUUGGAGAGUAUGAGCAGUACGAACUUUCAGUGGAAGGAAAUGUUUGCUGGUGAUCCCAUAGGUCAAGAAGAGGAUUACUCCACACGCUCAACUACACCUGUGAACUGUGACAGACCAGAAAUUACAGAAGAUGAAUAUUACUGUGAGAAAGAACUGAUGCAAAUGUUAGUGUUUGAUGGAAGACUGACCCAUGAAUUCUUUGGUGACAGUUGGUCGUUUGAGAACACUGAAGAGUAUUUAAUAAAACUUUACAACACUAGCCUUAAAUUUAUGGCAACACAAAGUGGACUAACAAGAUGGCAGUAUAUAAUGGAUACAGAAGAAGGCAAGGAUGAAAUCUCAGAGUUUGGUGACCUUUUCCCUCAUUCGGUGGAGGAGGCAUGGUACAAAGCUGCAGUCAUUGAGCAUAAACAUGAUCCAGAGUCAGUUGUCAUUUCUGCUCCUUUUGAUGCAGGUAGAAAGGAUGAUGUUCCCAUAACUCUGAGUCAUGCCAUAUUUCCACGAGAUGCUGGUAAGGAGGCACCAGCAUCUGUAGUAGGACUUCAGAUACAGCACAGGGCUCUUUAUGAUCGAUUCAUGUCCAUCACAGAAGAGGGUACACACCACUACAAUGAAACUUGUGCACAUGAAGGACUGGACUGCUACUUACUUGAUAGCAAUGGCUAUAUAGUGAUCUCAGAGACGCUGGAACACACUGGCCAAUUUUUUGGUGAAGUGGAGGGUGCUGUGAUGAAAGAAAUGGUGGAGCUAGGCAUUUUCAGAGAAAUUCCAAUCUAUGAUUAUCAAUCACUGUGCUUCACCAUGGUCCCAGACAGUAGUGCUGCUGGUGGACUCUGGACACCUAUUGCAUAUGUGCAGUGGCUUAUCAGUGAGCUACUGUUGGCUUUGCUCCGAAUAAAUGUACAGCAGCUCUGGUCUCUAAACUGGGCAACAGCCACACCUCUUGCAACAUUUGGGCCUACUACUGAGGCCCCAAAGAAAAAGAUGAAAAUGAAGAGGGUUGCCAAACCAUGUGAUCAGAAGUACAACUUAUAUGUGUUUCAUCCAGAGAACCUGGAAUGUGAAGAUUUCCAGUUCAUCCCAAGUCACUGUUCGAGACCAUUCAUUCCAUGCCGUGUUCCACACACAAGUCUACUACUGGUUGUGGUGGAUUCUAUGCGUCCAACUUGCUUUAGCCAUCUGAGUGCUAAGUCUGAAUUAGUGGACUACAAUGAUACAGAACACCCCUGCCACAAACUACCACUGAACAAACUACCUCGGAGUCGGUUCUCUGCAUGUUUCACUGAAGAUCCAAGGGAGGAACUGGAUAAGUACUGUGGGGCAGCUGCAGAAGCAAAAGUCAGCCAGUUUGCUCUGAGUCUGUGUGGGGUUAUGUUAUAUGUCACCUCCAAGAUACUCUGAUGCUGGCUGUGACUGUUUUGGGCGACUCAGAACAGUCACAAGUUAUAUAAAUACCUGUUCACAAGUCAGGUUUUGUUCACCUGACUUACAUUUCUUUAAUUAUAUGGUCCAGAAAUUCCAAGAUAAGAAUCUCAUGGUAUGGUGAUCCAUAUUACUGUUCAACACUUGUGUUUAUUUGCUAUUGCUGCACAAAUGUUAUAGAACCAGACUAGAUGAAGAUGUAAAAACAAUAUACACAUAUUAAAAAUGAAAUGUUCACACUGGAAUAAAGUUCUACACUUUUUAACAAAGA